UCCAAUGUGCUAUCAUCGAAAACCAUGGCUUGCAGAAACACAGUGUCCAUUGUUUCAACCAUGCAAAUACAGAAAUUUCACAGUACAGAAAAACAAAGUCCUCCAGAAAGGAUCUCUACUUAUAAACCGAACAUUUGGAAAUAUGAUCAUCUACUUUCUCUUACAAGCCCAUAUUCUGAAAAGAAGUACAAAUUUGAAGCAUUGAAGCUAAAAGAGGAAGUGAGUUACGAGUUUUCAGAGAGUAGUGUUAGUCCAGUGGGGCUGCUAGAGCUUAUUGACAGAAUUGACAAACUUGGCCUAACUGAUUACUUCGAGGUUGAAACAAAGGAAGCUUUAGAAAAUACAAUUAUGUACUCCAUGAAAAGUAAUUCCAGCUCAAAGAAGGAGGAGGGUCUGUAUGCUACUGCAUUGUGCUUCAGGCUUCUUAGGGAACAUGGCUACCAUGCUUCACAAGAUAUGUUAAAGGACUUUUUCGAUGGGAAAGUGAAAUUACCUUCAGAUAUAAAAACUUUAGUUGAGCUUUGGGAAGGGUCACAUCUGAGCAUGGAUGGUGAAAACUUACUAAAUGACAUAAGAUUGUUCUCUGCCGAAAACCUCAAAAAAAUAUCAGAUGUUGACAGAUUUACUGCUAAUAAUCCCUUGGCAUGGAGAGUGAGAUGGUACGAUGUUAGAAGACACAUUAUUAGUGCUCAAAAUUGCGUUAACACAAAUCCAAUGUUUCUCAAAUUAGCUAAACUUAACUUCAACAUUAUUCAAGCCACCCACCAAAACGAUCUCAAAGAUGUUAUAAGAUGGUGGAGAAAUCUUUGCAUUGUUGAAGAUUUAGAGUUUACAAGGGACAGGAUAGUGGAAAGCUUCUUUUUUGCUGUAGGAAUUGCUUCAGAAGCUCAACAUGGAAGCAUGAGAAAAUGGCUCACCAAAGUGAUUCAAUUGAUACUAAUAAUAGAUGACGUUUAUGAUAUUUAUGGUUCAUUAGCCGACGUGCAACAAUUCACCCGUGCCAUAGAGAAGUGGGAUUCAAAAGAGGUACAAAUGCUACCGAUGUGUGUACAGAUAUGUUUCAGAGCAUUGCAUGAUACAAUGGAAGAAAUAUCUGUUGAAAUUCAACGACAAAAUGGUGGUCCUUCAGCAUUACCUCAUCUGAAACAAGUG